AUGACGUCCGCGGGCGCGUACGAGAUCCGUGAAGACGAAGAGGGGCGCGUCGAUGCGUCGUCCGCGAAGUGCGCGGGGAGUUCGAGGGAAGAAACGUGGGUGAGCGGCGCGACGGGGACGGCGGCGGCGACGGCGGCGCGCGGCGCGUCGACGUUGCGCGCGCGCGGGCGAAAGUUUUGGGACGAGUUCACGUGGAGAGAGGCGAGUGGUUCGUUGGGUGAUCUCGGAACGUUUUUACCGCUGUUGAUCGGAAUGUCGAUCGAGUGCGGGGUCGACGCCGGGACGACGAUGUUGUUCACCGGAGCGUACAAUGUGCUCACGGCUUUUUUGUACGAGAUACCAAUGCCGGUGCAGCCGAUGAAGACGAUCGCGGCGGUGGCGCUCGGAGACGAUGCGUUAAACGUGAAUGAGAUCAUGACGGCGGGUAUUUUCGUUUCGGCGAUCGUUUUGGCGCUCGGGUCGACGCGGAUGAUGGAUGUGUUUAACCGUUUGACUCCGCUCGCGGUGGUGCAGGGAAUGCAAGUGGGACUCGGGUUGCUUCUCGCGAGGAAAGGGUUCUUGCUCGCCGUGUACAAAUCGGGCGACGCGAUAGAGGUGCGCGAAAUGUUGGGCACCGAUGGGUUGAUCGUCACCAUCGUUGCGAUGUGCGCCGUCAUGUACGUGUGUUCGCCCGAAUACCCAGCGGCGUGCUCGCAAGGCGAACUCGAUACGGGCGAAGAGCGUCGCAAACCACGCAGACAUUACAUCCCGGUUGCGCUCAUACUCGUGAUUAUCGGUAUCAUCAUGGCGAUGACAAAAGACAGAGCGCUAGAUGGCCUGACCAUGGGGCCUGCUCGACCGAAAAUUUUGAGCGCCUCGUGGUCGGAGGCAAAACGAGGAGUUGUUCACGCCGGCGUGCCACAGCUUCCACUGACGACACUCAAUUCGGUCAUAUCGGUAUGUGCGCUGAGUAAGGAAUUAUUUCCGAACUUUCCAGCGUCUCCAAGCUCCGUCGCGACGAGCGUUGGGGUGAUGAACCUCGUGGGCUGUUGGGUGGGUGCGAUGCCAUCGUGCCACGGCGCUGGCGGCUUAGCCGCGCAGUACGCCUUCGGUGCUCGAGGCGGCGGAUCGAUCGUGUUCCUCGGUGUAUGUAAGAUGUUUCUCGGGCUUGUUUUCGGGAGUUCCUUGGUCAAGCUGUUGGGACACUUUCCAAAGACCAUACUUGGUGUGAUGCUUUUCUCCUCGAGUCUGGAGCUCAUCGGUAUGGGGCUGAAGACAAAACCCGGUUGGCAGCAGCACCAGAAGUAUCUCGUGAUGGUCACGGCAGCGGUAACGAUAUCAACGAAAAGUACGGCCAUAGGCUUCGCGGCGGGCAUGAGCACGCAUCUCCUCAUGGAGGUUCAGAGACGUAUAGAAGUACCGGUAGGAUAA